UUUUGCAUCAAAUAUUAAUUCAAAAAAUGAAAUUUGUUAUUAUAAUUUCCAUUGUUUUCUUGUUGCCUUUAUUAUCCCUUGCAUUAAAUCAUGAAGGCGCCGCUUUUUGUAAAUUUCCAAAGCCUACAAGUACUCAAACAAUAACAAAGACAAUGACUAUAGUUAAAAAUACUGAUUUUGAAAUGAAAAGAAUUAUUUUUAAUGGCAAGAGAGAUACUUGCCGUAAAAAUAUUCCUGGAUGGACUAACAAUUGGGACCAUGCAAUUAUUGUUGAAAACGGUGUUACUAUAAGUAAUCUUAUUUUGGGGGAAUCUCCAAUAGGCACUUCUUCUGAUAUUAUUUGCAAGGGUAGUUGUACUCUUAAAAACGUUUUUUUUGAAAAUGUUUGUUGGCGUGCUGGUACCUUUAUAGGCGCAUCAUUGUCUAAACCUGGAGAUAAAAGGAAAUUUACUUAUACUGUAGAUGGUGGGGGUGCUUUAGAUGGUUUUCAGAAAAUUUUUUGUACAGGAGGACCAGGACAGACAAUUGUCAAGAAUUUCUGUUCUGUUAAUAACUCGAUUGGUGUUAUCUCUGCCGGCAUGACUUCAGUUCAGUAUACACGAGACGUUACCAUUGAAAACUCAAAAUUCAUGGGGCCAAUGCUUACUAUAAUUGGUGGAAACCGAAAAUACAACGAUAAAUUAACUCUUCGAAAUGUGCAAAUUUAUGGAAACAACAAACCGGAAACUAAUAUUAAAUUUGCUUGUUGUGAGUACUUAGGGGAAAAUGCUGCAAAUCCUUGGAAAUAUAGUUAUAAACCUGGGGAAGCUGGAACCAGCGAUAAAUGCUGUAAAUACCCUGCUUCGGCUGUGAAAAUAAUUAAUUGA